GGCUCUAAACUUUGUUCUUGUCUGUAAAGUCGCAGAGUGAAGCGGCUCCUGGAGCAGCCCUCGUGCAGACUCCUCCCAUGAGUUGUCCUGGGAAACACUAACAACUGUAGAAAGUCAGUCGUGCUGCUCCUCGACAAGCCGCACCGAGAUCCGAGAAACUGCCGCUGCCGCCGACAUCCACCUCACUUUACUGUACGAAGCUCUCAAAGAAGGACACCAACUACCAGCACCGCAGGUUCAUCCAUUAGCAGGAUUAUUAUGCGUUCAGAAGCUGCUGCUGCUGCUGUUGCUUCUUCUCCUCUCUGAGCUUCAACUGCAGGAGUGUCCAGGGACAUGAAACUCAAUCCACAGCAAGCUCCAUUGUAUGGCCAUUGUGUUGUCACAGUGCAGCUCGCUGAUGAAGAGCUGGCUACAGAUGAGGAGGGCGUGGACUACUUCCUUCUGUUUGCUGGCAGUACACAGAGGCACCUGACCAGCACCCUAAGGAGCAGUCAUGACACCUUGCAAGCGCUGUGUCCCCCUCACGACUGCUGCGAGGCGGUGUUGGUCACCUUGUGUUCAGUCGCGCGAGGAAUCCCUGAGGCCUCCGAUGACCCAAAGUCCUGCCUGGGUCGCGUGGCACCAUUGGCCGAGCAUCGAUUCAGCUUUGUUCAGGAUUUGGCUUUUGACAUGGCCCAGUUUCUGGUGAGCACAGCGGGCCGGGUCGAUGGCCUCGACGGGGCACUGCUGCUGGAUGAGUGUCAGAUUCCCCUGCAGGAGUGUGAACGUCUGGACGAGAACCUGGCACUGGCCCUUGACCACCUUGUUCUGCCUUCAGGAUGGAGCUUACUGGGAAACAAACUAACCAACAGCACUGACCUGAAUCCUCAGGAGACUCUGCUGCAUUUUUCAGCACGUCGAGGUCUCUUUCGUGUUACGCACUUCUUGUUGCAGCAGCCCGGAGCCAGAGAAGCCCUGCGAUUGUCCAACAGACAAGGCUGCACACCGUCUGCUAUCGCGGCAUCACGAGGACACAAAUGCCUCCAUGAGCUCCUAACAAAGGCUGAGACGGACGCCGAGACGGACAAAGGGACUGAGACUGUUCAGCUGGGGUCUACGGACGCUCGGGUGUUUUGCCACCUUCCCAGACUGAACACACACACUCUGACGCUGAACAUCCACCCUGGGCACGACACUCCGACCCUUCAGAAGAGUGUGGAGCAGCUGUUGCACUUGAUACGCCAUCUACAUGCCAAGGGAGUUUCUGUUCUGGAGCUGCAGCUUGAUUCUCUGCACACUGCUGCUGAAUGUUGUGAUGUUGUAGAAACGGAGCUAACCUGUCUGGAGCGACUCCAGCAGCCUGCUACAGCAUCACAGUGCUUGGACACAACAAGUGAAGGGAACAGGGUAGAAAACUGCCCACUGGAAAGCAGCAGCACGGUUGAACGUGGGCCUGGUGAAAAUGGGAAUGCAGAAAAAGACAGGAGUUUGCCUGUGAGUACACCAACAUCAGAAAUACGCCCCCAGGAGCAUGGCCUUGGCCCCCCAGAGGACUGGGUGUGUCUUAGUUCAAACACUGAGGGAGAUUACUGCCAAACGGAGGAGGAGGGAAGAGAACAGCCUGUUGUUUCCACCCAGAGUUUGAGCUUGUGCGACAGGAGUGACGAAGCACCGAAUGAGGCUGAAGGGGAAAGCGUCACUGUGGGAAUCCUACCACCAGCAGGUUGUGGUAAACAGGCAGAGGAAACUGAUAGAGGAGAGGCUGUGAUCCCGGAAGGACGGGAGGCCAAGAAGGGAGAGGACAGACCUGAACAGGAAGCAGAGGACAGCACUGCCAGGAGCAGGGAGGAGGAAACUAUCUCAGAGUCAACAGAUCUUAUAACCAGUGAAGAUACGAAAGCGUCAGUCAUGGGCCAGUCGCCUUCAUCAGACUGCUCCCAGGUUUCAGACACGUCUGAUUCUGAAAUGAAGGAAUGCUCCCAGGAAGAAGACAAUGUCGGGAAAAAAGUAAUGGAAUUUAGCCAAGAGCUCUGUGAUGGACUCUUUCUAGAUGAAGACAAAAUGCAGAGUGAAGGGUUAACAGACCCUGUAUCAGCUCUAAAGGACCUCCCCAACCCAUCGAUCAUAGACUGUGGUGAUGUAAUCGGGGAGCCUAAAUCUGCUGUUCCGUGUCUCUUGAUAGAAGGCCUCCAUGAGGGGGAACCUCCACCAGACAUAAACAGCCUAGAACAAAACCAGGAAACAGCUGGUAGGGAUUACGCUAUGGAGCAGCAGCGAGGCUUGGCUCCAGAAACUGGUUGUCAUUCUGGGAAUUGUACUGGAACAGUGAGUAGUGAAGAACUGGAUGGUGGAGAUGUAGCUGAACCUUCUGGAUACAGUAUUGAGAGUUUACCUGUGGAUGAGACUGAAAAUAUGCCUGAUUUUCGGACAGCUGGCAGCUCCGUAGUAGAAACACAGUUGGAUCCAUUAAACUGUGAACUAUCACCUAAAAGGAUGCCGACUGAAAGACGCACUGAUAAUGAUUCAGGCAUGGCCCAUGGCCUCUCCAGUGAUGAUGACGGAAGUUUCAGAUCAGUUGAAAGCUCUGUAUCAGAAAUAUUUCACCCCACUCAGGAUGGUGGCACAACGGAUGAUCAGGACUUGCUUCAAACCAAGGUGGCUGAACCGUCAUCAGGACUCAAGACUGAGGAGACAAAUGAUCUAAAACCAAAUGAAAGCAAUGAAUGUUCUCUAACUAUGGACGUAGGGCUCCCCUUUGAGCCUGACACUGUUAGUGCACAGACAGUGACGGACUGCAACCAGGAUGGCAUUAAGCCUGAAUCACAACUGUCACCCAACAUCCAGACAAUGGAGGCUUUGAAUCCUGAGGGGACAGAGAAACUGUCCCCGGAACUUUCCAAAGAGGAUCUGUCGUUAAAUCCAGUGCUGUUGGAGAGUGAGGACGCGACAACAGUGGAGGUCGAAGAAUGUGAAGCUGGAGAGAUCAACGGCUCUGACCUGAAUGUUGGGACUGAGAAUGCUACAUCAGAGUUGGACAGUGGGGUCCCAUUUGAAUCUGGCCUAUUUGUCACAGAAGAGAAUACAGUCAUUAGCCCAGUUGAAGAAGAUGUUCAACUGAUAGAGACCAGGGAUAAAUCUGUGGUGGUGGAAGCAGAGGAGAGUGGAAAUGUGCAAUUUUUGCUACAGGAUAAUUCAGAGAUGACGGCAGAAGAGAGGUCACCUGAAAAUCAGAUCACUCUGGAUGUGAGUUCUUUGGAAGUAGAAUCACCUGGUUCCAACAGUAAAGGAUCCACAGAACCACUCAUUGAGAAGCAGAUGGUUCAAAAGACUUGCGAUGCAGUGGAUGGAGGCUUGGAGAGCUGCAGCAGUGCAAUCCAAGAGGAGGAUGUCAUCCAGUCUGAAGACACUGUAAGUGAAGCAAGAGAGGAUGAAACUGCCCCAGCAGAGGGAACUGACAUCUCCAUGAUCCACCGAGACAGAGAGGCGUCUUUCCAUCAGCCCUGCAACACUCAACACUCAGGGUCUCCACAGUCUUCACCGUCUCCCAGUUUGCCCAGUAGAACCAGCAGCUGUCCCUCCUCAGCUCACAGAGACUCUGGCAGUGACAUAGAAAGCUUCCUGAAUGCAGAGCCGGGCUAUGACAGCAUCUUCAGAAAGAAUGAUGAACCACUGACAGGAGGCGACAGUGCCAGCGAGGUUUCCGUCUCCUGCUCUUCCACAGACGACACUGCCAGUGUCUGCCCGUCCAGUUCCAGUCCGGAGGGAAGUCAGGGCCUCGGCUGCAGCUGGAGCCCAGAGGAGGGCAUCCAGACUGGGGCUGCUGUCACUGCAGGACUGGACGGUGGUGGUGGUGGUGGUGGAGGAGGAGGAGGAGGAGCUGGAGAAGCUGAAGAAGAGGCCAAGGACAGGGUGACAGAAGUGCCUCGGCGCUCCUCUCUCUUCCGAAACAGCAUCCGCUCCCUGUCGCCUCUUCGCCGCCACAGCUGGGGUCCUGGAAAGAACAACGGAGGAGACGCAGAGAUGAACCAGAGGAGUUCCAUUCGUAGCCCUGGUGAGGGGAAGCCGGCCUUUCACAGGAGAAGUUACAGCCUGGAGGGGCUCAGUGGGGUCCAAGAAGAGCUGAGGGGCCCCACAGCCCAGGGGCCCCGUAUCCUGGAGCCUUCAAGGAUGCCCAGGCAUGACAGUGAUGACAGAGGCUCCCUGGUUUCUCUGACAGAGGAACAGGAGGAAAGAGGGGAGCAGGGCAGACUGUAUGACCCGAAAUCAAGGCGGUAUCGGCCUCUGCGAAACAGCUGUCCUCCCAUGAGCCUGCCCCUUACCAAGUCUGUAUCCAUGCUUGCUAUCAGCCAGAGAGACAUAGAUGGUAUGAGGUCGUUUUCUAGCACCUCUGGGUCACUAGCAUACAGUAUUUCAGAGGAGGAGCCUGGGCCUCUGCGGAGCGACACUGAGGGCAAAAGCGUGACAAAAGUCAGCCGGACCUUCAGCUACCUCAAGAACAAGAUGUACAAAAAGACCAGGGAAAAGGACCGAGAUAAAAAGGAGAAAGACAAGGAGGGCAAGGAGAAAGACAAGAAGACUGUGAACGGUCAUCUUUUUGCACCAGUCAGCUUAAAUCAGGCUGCCCAGUGCUCCCAGUGCAAUAAGGCUUUUAACAACAAGGAAGUUUUCUACUGCACAUACUGCAAUGCUUCCGUCCACAAGGGCUGCAGGGACAGCCUGCCUGUUUGUGCCAAGGUGAAGAUGAAGUUGCCCAAACAGCAGUUUGCAGUGCCAGAUUCAAGCUCUUUCCCUACAGUCACGAUGAGGAACAAAUCUGGUGGGACGAGGGAACGUCCAUGGUCGGCCAUCUUAUCACCUGAAGACUCUUCUUCCCUGAUAUUGCCAUCAUCACGGAGACACACCAGCAUCAUGACUUUCCAUGGAAACAACCUCUCAAAGAGCCUCUCAAUAAGCAACAUCGCUGGCCCGGUGUUUGAUGAGAUGCCCAUUAAAGGCCUGCGGUAUCUCUCUCAGUCCACCGACUCACUCAACAGAACCAACCAGGUUACGGAAUCCAUGGAAUCGCUCACUGAUGAAGGAACAGAGAUGAUGGACGGGCAGCUGAUGGGAGAGUUUGAGGCAGAUGCCAAAGAGAUGGAGGCUGACUCAUGGAGUUUAGGUGUGGAGCAGCAGUUCCUGCAGCAACUGGAUAAAGAGCUGGUGAAGAGACAAGAUGUCAUCUAUGAGCUGAUGCAGACAGAGAUUCAUCACAUCCGGACGUUGCGCAUCAUGUCAGAGGUGUACAGCAAAGGCCUGCAGAAGGAGGUGCAGCUAGAACAGCAGACAGUGGAGAAGUUGUUUCCUGCUCUCGAUGAACUCCUGGAGCUCCAUACGCAGCACCUCCUGCGCCUCCUGGAGAGGAAGAGGGAGAGCCAGCUGGAGGGGCGACUCUUUGAGGGAGGAUUCAUCAUCAGCAGGAUUGGAGACAUCCUGCUCAGCCAGUUCUCAGGAUCCAACGGUGAAAGUAUGAAGAGGGUUUAUGGAAGAUUCUGCAGCCGCCACAACGAAGCUGUCAACUUCUAUAAGGACCUCCUGACCAAAGACAAACGCUUCAAAGCCUUUCACAAAAAAAAGAUGAGUAGCAGCAUUGUGCGGAGGCUUGGUAUCCCAGAAUGCAUCCUGCUUGUGACCCAGAGAAUAACAAAGUACCCUGUGCUGAUUCAGAGAAUGCUGCAACACACUAAAGAGAGCGAGGAAGACUACGACGACCUGACGGAGGCUGUCCGGCUCGUGAAGGAGGUGAUAGCGGCGGUUGAUAGCAAGGUAAACGAGCACGAGAAAAGACGGCGUCUGAAGGAAUUUCACAGCCGCACGGACAGCAAGUCCAUCAUGAUGAUGAAGAGCGGUCAGAUUUUUGCCAGGGAAGACCUGCUGAGGAGGAGGCUGAUCCACGAUGGAGCGCUGCAGCUGAAGAACAGCCAGGGAAGACUAAAGGACGUCCAUGCUCUGCUCCUAUCAGAUGUCUUCGUCUUCCUCCAAGAAAAAGACCAGAAAUAUGUGUUUGCCAUGCUGGACCAGCGCUCCACGGUCAUCUCCCUCCAGAAGCUGAUCGUCAGGGAGGUCGCUAACGAAGAGCGUGGCCUCUUCCUCAUCACGGCAGGCAUAGAGAAGCCGGAGAUGAUGGAGGUUCUGGCCAGCUCGAGGGACGAACGCAACACCUGGAUGCAGCUCAUCCAGGAAGCCAUGCAGUCCAUGGAGAAGGAUGAGGAUGAAGGGAUUCCCAGUGAGACAGAAGAUGACAAGAGACAACUGGAGACUAAAGCCAAAGAGAUGAGAGAUAUGUUGCGGCAGAAGGAUACAGAGAUCAUGUCUCUGCUGGAGGAGAAGGUGCGGCUCUUCAGAGGGAUGUGGGAGGGCUUGAACGCAGGUGAAGAGGCCUGCCGGCAGGUCGAGCCUUUCUUUCGGUCAGCCUGCAGCCUGGAGCCACCCAGGGGGGCGUCCAUCAUGAAAGAUGCCCUGCAGGAAGUGGAGACGCUACAGGCGCUGGUGAACGGCAGCCUGGGAGGGGCGAUGGCCAGCGUCCAGGAGGGAGGAGGGGCAGGGCCGGUGUGUUUGCCCCGUCGGGCCGAAACCUUCGGAGGCUUCGACAGUCACCAGAUGCAUAGCAGUAAGAGUGGAGACAGAGACGAGAGCGAGGAUAUGGCAGGAGAUUUGCGCAGGACAGAGUCUGACAGUGUUUUAAAGAAGGGAGGAAACGCCAACCUGCUGCUGCUGCUGAAGAAGAACAGUGAGCAGGUCCUCCACAGUGUCUCCAACCUGCACCUCCUGCUCAGCACGCUGCAGGCGGUGGUGGUCCAGCAGGACAGUUUCAUAGAGGACCAGCGGCAGGCCCUGAGCGAGCGCUCCUCCUCUUGCACGUCUUUAUCGCGGCCGUCCUCGCGGCCCAGCUCGCUGAUUGAGCAGGAGAAGCAGCGCAGCCUGGAGAAGCAGCGGCAGGAGCUGGCAUCCCUGCAGAGACAACAGGCAGCUCAUGCUGAGGAGAAGAGGAGAAGGGAGAAGGCGUGGGAGCUCAGGGAACAGCACCUCACCGAAAGAGAGGCCCUGGUGCACGUACAGGAGGAGGAGAUGCUGAAGCAGCACAGAGAGCUGGAGGAGGAGAAGCAAGAGCUGCAGAGCAGGAAGGAGGAGUACCAGAAAGACCUGGAGAGGCUGAGAGACGCCCAGAGGAAGCUGGAGAGGGACAGGGAGGCUGUGCAGCGACAGCUCGACAAGAUGGAGGAGGUCCGGGUGUCUGAGAGGACUCCCUCUUCUACGUCUGAUGAGUUCCCCGGCAGCUCUCACUCUCUGGAGCUGGACCCUCUGGAGCUCUCCUCCUCGCUGCCCAGACAGCAGCCCCAGCGGACCAAGGCCAAAGGGAAAGGCCUCAAUCCCUUCACCUCAUCCUCCACUAACCUCAAGGGCAGCGAAGCCAACAACCAGAUCUCAAAGAGCCUCCUGCAGCUGGCCAAGAACAAGAGCAAAGACGGGAAGGAGAAGAAGAAGAAGAAGGGCAAAGGAGGGAGCGCACAGUCAGCAGACCCCCAGCACCUCCCAGAGCCUUCUCUGGAUGGAGAGAUCUUCUUCUGCUGAGAGAAGUGGCUGUCCUCCUCCUCCUCAUCCUCCUCUUCAUCAUCAUCCUGAACCCAUCCUGCCGUUCAGACACCCAGAGGAAUGUGUUACUGCCAAGUACAUUCCUCUACAUACUGUACAGUAUGUGAUACUGCAGUGUACUGCCAGGCUAUUUGGCACCUUGAAAAGGCUUUUAGUGAAUUUUCCAUAUCAUAACGUAGAACAAUUUAACAGUACACGCAAGAAAAAGCUGAGAAAUGUAUUUUCUUGUGUUUGGAGUCCACAGCUUUUAGUUUUUGGAAAAUAGAAUAUUUUAGGGAUUCUGUCAUGGUGUGCGUUUAGGCAUUCAUCCAUACACUCGCAGUACAUAAAAAUAGGGGGUGUGGAUUAGCUGUGCACUUUUGGGUAUUCUCUGUCCAAAAAGCCUUUUUCCUUUUUCCAAAGAAAUGGUCAGAAUUUCUUCAUUUUGAAGAAUCAGACAUUUUUUGACAGCUCAGUAUCACACUGAAAGCAUUUCACAGUGAAUUGCCUCUCAAGCUCGACCAAGGCUUCACUGCCUCUCUGUCUGCUUGUCUGUUAGGGUCGACUUUUUUCAACAGUCCAUCCUGGCAUCAAGCCCCACACCAGCAGGCUGUUAUGUUAAUUUACAGAAGCAGGGCCUUUUCCAUGUGACUUCAACUGCACGUACUAGCCGUGUCCAAAUGCCACUCAGAAACAGACAUGAAAGUCAGCAGGCUCCAUGUGGCACUGCAAACGCCUCACUCUUAAUCAUAUUCAUUGACAGUUAAUUGAAGACUGAAGCCCCAGAAGGCAAUAUGUGUCCUAGUAACAUUUCUUAAUCCAGAAAGCCCAGUGCUGUUUUAGUGUUGGUUCCAGUGUUUCACUCCAAGAUGCUUCUGCAAUAAAAGGAAAUCGCAGGCUGACAUUCCUGUACUCGGAUGUGAUAGCAUCCCCUAAUUUUGUCUCCAGUUUGUCAGCAUAAUGGAGCUGGCACAUGAUAACUGAAGUAAUCCUCGACGAUGACUUCAAGCCAUCAAUCACGUUGCUUGACGAGGUUUUAAUUUAUUUGAAUUAGGGAUAUCUCCAUUUUGGAGUGAAACUCUUCAGAUGAGCGUGUGUAUUUUUUAGGCUCAACAGUAAUGAACGGAUUGAGACAUAUCUCCCUGUGUCUAAUGGCUCAAUUCAUAUCCUUUAGUGUGUUUUAGAGCCUUGGAUGGAUAUUAGCUUGAUCCUCGCUUUAUCUGCCUGUCAAUGGGCUUUUAUGCAGCCCUCAUCUUUCAUCUGAACGCAGACAAGCGGGGCUUUCCUUCGUUUUUUAAUUGCAUGUAACUCUGCAGGUAGCAUACUAAUGGCUUCUGUCUGUUAAAGAGUUCAACUUUCUCUGUCUCCGUCUUUCACUUCUGAUAAUAGACUCGAUAGACGCACACGGCUGAUGGUUUUAGGAAAUGGAGGCUGUUAAUUUAGGCACAAAGCAGCUGGUUAGGAAAAAUGAGAAAGGACAUUAACUAAAACAUGUUAUGUGUCCCUUUUUAAUGACUAGACCUGAGUCUCUGAUCAUUUUACAUUAAUCAACACUCAUCAGUGUUGUUAAGCACUUUGGUCCUAAAAUGUUCAAACAUUAUUUUUGUCGGUGUGAGAUAUCAAUCAAGGAGAUCUUUGUAUUCAGUGGAUUUUUUUUUUAAUCGGGGGCAGCAACGAUGAUCCAAAGAGAGAUAAUGUGUUCUAGUAGAUAAAAGAUGCUGCGGUUCAGCAGUAAAGAAGAGGCUGGUAGCUUUUAUGGAGUGUUUCCAAGGUGAUCUGUCUUAAUGUUUAUGCCUGUGUUUUAAAUCCACUAAGCCCACACUGUGGGCCACACAACUACCUGCUGGACAGGUAGGAAGGAGAAACAGAGGAAGUUAAAGAAGGAUCCUUAACCCGUGAAGAGCGGCGACACUGAACUGCUUCCUUGCUGCCUCUUUUGUCUCAUGUUUAAGUGCUUGUUUGUUAACUCCCCGUCUGUGUUGAGGAUUUGACUUCAUGUCCAGGCUGGUUUAUUAUAGUGUGUCUUGUAAGAGGCUUACGGGGCCUGCCAAUUAGUUGCUUCAUGUCUUUUGUUUAUGGCUUUGGUGUAAUCCUGUCAAAGAAACAGAGAGGAAUGGGAUUUUUUUUUUUCUCUGUCGCUUUAGGUGUGUUUUGACCACUAGGGAGCACUGCACCUAUAACUAAAUAAAUUCCCUCCCUCACACAAUAACAACCACAAAGUAUGAAAUGAUCUCCUCCUUUUUUCUUUUUUUUUUUCCUAUGUUCUCCCUGCUGUGAGAAAUUGACAUAUUUUUCUCAGCAGGUCAUAGCCGUACAGAGAUAAUGUGAUGAGCGUGGGCUCUCACACUCUGUGACAUUUUCCCCACGGCAUUUGUAAUUGACUGCAGAAACAAAUAAGUUGUCAGAGACUGUAAUUGGUUAUUCAGUGGAACCAGUCAGCAGCAGCUUUAAUGUGGGGGGGAUAAAGGUUGGAGGGAGCGACCAACAGAACCACAAACCUGUCUCUGUAAGGGACAAUCAGCAGACGCAAGUCGGGAAAACGAUGAUGAUAAGCCUGUCCGUAAGAGACGAGUGUGUCCAUCAGGUGAACCCUGCGUAGCCUUAAAUCUUAAUGAUAAAAUGCACUAGAGUAGAACCCAGCGUCUCCUCAGGAGAGAGAGGAGAGCUUUUAUACCUCUGCUUUGAAACGAAGGAAGUGUCUGUACUAUACAAAUGGUACACAGACGUUUCAUUCUCAACAAUGUAAAAAAGGGCAAAUGUGUAAAUAUGAUUUAUGUAUAAAACAAAUCAAAUGUAAAAAAUUAAUUGUUUGAUUUGUGAUUUAUUGCAACAUUUUGUAAGAAUGUUUUAUUUAUGUUUUAUUCUCACCACCGGGGUGAUGAACAAUGUAAAGGCAUAUUUCUCUCAUAAUAAAAAAAAAUCAUAAUACACACA